UUAUUAUACUGUGUAUGUGUGUGUGUGUCUCCAGUGUUACUGGUUUACCUCUCAGACUCCAGAAGAUGAAGGAAGAGGAGGAAGAGGAGGACGGAGCAGAGUCUGUAAUAUCCAGCUGUGUGUCUAUGAAGAGUGACCGGUCUAAUGAACCUCCUCCAUUCUUCAGUAAUGAACCUGGACCCUCAGACACAAAACAGAGAGCAGAGUCUGUAAUAUCCAGAAUUAUGUUUAUGAAGAAUCGCUGGUUCAGACGUCUUCCUCUAUUCUUCAGGAAUAAACCUGGACCCUCAGACACAAAAGAGAGGAAGAGGAGGGCUGUUUCUGUGGAGGAGCAUGUAGAAAAAGAUCCAGACCUGGACUGCACACAGACAGUCGGACCAGCACUGUACAAACUGUUCAUCUUUGACGGCCUGGAUGAAAGCAGACUUUCACUGGAUUUCAACAACAGUGAGGUCGUGUCUGAUGUCACACAGAAGUCAUCAGUCAGUAUGCUGUUGACAAACCUCAUCCAGGGGAAGCUGCUUCCCUCGGCUCUCGUCUGGAUAACUUCCCGACCUGCAGCAGCCAAUCAGAUCCCUCCUUCAUGUGUGGGCAGGGUAACAGAAGUACGAGGCUUCACUGACGACCAGAAGGAAGAGUACUUCAGGAGGAGAUUCAGUGAUGAAGAGCAGUCCAGCACAAUCAUCUCACACAUCAAGACAUCCAGGAGCCUCCACAUCAUGUGUCACAUCCCAGUCUUCUGCUGGAUCACUGCUACAGUUCUGGACCACAUGUUGACUUCAGACCAGAGAGGAGAGCUGCCCAAGACCCUGACUGACAUGUACUCACACUUCCUGCUGGUUCAGACAAAGAGGAAGAAGAACAAGUAUGAUGAGGGACAUGAGACGAGUCCACAGGAGCUGACGAAGGCUGACAGGAACCUUCUUCUUAAGCUGGGGAGGCUGGCGUUUGAACAACUGGAGAAAGGAAACAUCAUGUUCUACCAAGAAGACCUGGAGCAGUGUGGUCUUGACGUCACACAGGCUGCAGUGUUAUCAGGAGUUUGUACAGAGAUCUUCAAAAGGGAGAGUGUGAUCUUCCAGAAAACAGUCUACAGCUUUGUUCAUCUGAGCGUUCAGGAGUUUCUGGCUGCAGUCUACAUGUACCACUGUUACACCAGCAGGAAGACAAAGGUACUGAAGAACUUCCUGGGUUACAGUUACUCAUCUUUGAAUGACUUCCUGAAGGGAGCCAUGGAGAAAUCUCUCAGGAGUAAAAAUGGCCACCUCGACCUGUUUAUCCGCUUCCUUCAUGGCCUCUCUCUGGAGUCCAACCAGAAACUCUUAGGAGGCCUGCUGGGUCAGACAGACAACAGUCCAGAAACCAUCCAGAGAGUCAUCAACAAUCUGAAGGAGAUGAACAUUGGUGAUAUCUCUCCUGACAGAAGCAUCAACAUCUUCCACUGUCUGAUGGAGAUGAACGACCACUCAGUACAUCAGGAGAUCCAAAAGUUUCUGAAGUCAGAGAACAGAUCAGAGAAGGAACUCUCUGUGAUCCACUGCUCAGCUCUGGCCUACAUGCUGCAGAUGUCAGAGGAGGUUCUGGAUGAGUUGGACAUGAGGAAGUACAACACAUCACUGGAGGGACAACGGAGACUUAUCCCAGCUGUGAGGAAUUGCAGAAAGGCUCUACUUGGCUGCUGUGGACUCUCAGAGACUCACUGUGACGUUGUGGCCUCAGCUCUGAAGUGCAACCCCUCCCAUCUCACAGACCUGGACCUGAGUUACAACUACGACCUGAAGGAUUCAGGAGUGAAGUGUCUGUCUGCUGGACUGGAGAGUCCAAACUGUAGACUGGAGACUCUGAUAUUGAUUAACUGCAGUUUGUCAAAGAUCAGCUGUGAUUAUCUGGCCUCAGCUCUGAAGGACAACCCCUCCCAUCUCAGAGAGCUGGAUCUGAGACUCAACAUCCUGAAGGACUCAGACAUGCAGCAGCUGAUUGGUCUUCAACAGACUGCUUCUAUUUUGAUAGCUGUGAAAAAAGCGAGCCUCACUGAGGCAGCUUCGACCUGA